UCCCUCUCCUACUCCAUUUUUGUCUGACGGGUGGUGGUGAAACGCACUCUCGGCGGGGAUACUGUCAGUCCACGCAGCGGAUAGCAUACUUAACACCCAGCGACAAAAGGCUUUGAGGGCGACGAACACGACAAGUUUUUUUGUUCGUUUACCUUUCAGGUAGAGUCCUUGAGGUGCACUCAGGUUUCUGACAUGGUAGAUUAUCACGCCGCUACUAAUAAUCCAGUCCAAUAUUCGUCGGGCGCGCAACAGACCUACAUGGAGCAAGAAAACGACUGGGACCGAGACAUGCUGCUCGACCCGGCCUGGGAGAGACAGCAAAGGAAGACUUUCACGGCUUGGUGCAACUCUCACCUGCGGAAGUCGGGAACGCAAAUCGACAACAUCGAGGAGGAUUUCAGAGAUGGACUCAAACUAAUGCUGCUCCUAGAGGUCAUCGCAGGGGAGAGAUUACCAAAACCUGAAAGAGGCAAGAUGAGAGUGCACAAGAUCAACAAUGUCAACAAAGCGCUGGACUUCAUCGCCAGCAAAGGAGUCAAACUGGUGUCGAUUGGUGCCGAAGAAAUUGUGGAUGGAAACGCCAAGAUGACUCUGGGAAUGAUUUGGACCAUCAUCCUCCGCUUUGCCAUCCAGGACAUCUCAGUGGAGGAAACCUCGGCUAAAGAAGGGUUGUUGCUCUGGUGUCAGAGAAAGACUGCUCCUUACAAGAAUGUCAACGUUCAAAACUUCCAUAUCAGCUGGAAGGAUGGUCUUGCCUUCAAUGCUCUGAUCCAUAGACACAGACCAGAGCUCAUUGAUUAUGACAAACUGAGAAAGGAUGACCCAGUGACCAAUCUGAACAAUGCUUUUGAAGUGGCAGAGCGAUACCUUGAUAUCCCAAAAAUGUUGGAUGCAGAGGACAUAGUGAACACUGCACGUCCAGAUGAGAAAGCCAUAAUGACCUAUGUGUCCAGUUUCUACCAUGCAUUUUCUGGAGCCCAGAAGGCUGAGACGGCAGCCAAUCGUAUCUGCAAGGUGUUGGCUGUCAAUCAAGAGAACGAGCACCUGAUGGAAGACUACGAAAAGCUGGCUAGUGAUUUGUUGGAGUGGAUACGCAGGACAAUUCCAUGGUUGGAAAACCGUGCUCCAGAAAAGACCAUGACAGAAAUGCAGCAGAAACUGGAAGAUUUCCGUGACUAUCGGCGCGUUCACAAACCACCCAAAGUCCAGGAGAAGUGUCAGCUAGAGAUCAACUUCAACACAUUGCAGACCAAACUUCGUCUGAGCAACCGACCGGCCUUUAUGCCAUCUGAAGGACGCAUGGUGUCUGACAUUAACGGGUCAUGGCAUAAACUGGAAGGCGCAGAGAAAGGCUAUGAAGAGUGGCUACUGAAUGAAAUCCGUCGUUUGGAGAGGCUUGACCAUCUCGCAGAAAAAUUCCGCCAGAAAGCAGCUAUCCACGAGAGCUGGACAGAUGGUAAAGAGGCCAUGCUAACACAGAAGGAUUAUGAGACUGCGACUCUAUCUGAGAUCAAAGCUCUUCUUAAGAAGCACGAGGCGUUCGAGAGCGACCUCGCCGCUCACCAGGACCGAGUGGAGCAGAUUGCUGCCAUCGCACAGGAGCUCAAUGAGCUGGACUAUUAUGACUCUCCAAGUGUUAAUGCACGCUGUCAGAACAUCUGUGAGCAGUGGGAUGCUCUGGGUUCUCUUACACAGAGCCGUAGAGAGUCUCUUGAGAGGACAGAGAAACAGCUGGAGUCCAUUGACGAACUCUAUCUGGAGUACGCCAAGAGAGCAGCACCAUUCAACAACUGGAUGGAAGGGGCCAUGGAGGAUCUUCAAGACAUGUUCAUUGUACACAACAUAGAGGAGAUCCAGGGACUGAUAACAGCUCACGAGCAGUUCAAGUCCACUCUUCCAGAGGCGAAUAAAGAGCGGGAAGCUAUCCAAGCCAUCCACUCUGAAGUUCAGAAAAUCGCUCAGUACAAUGGCAUCAAACUGGCUGGAAACAAUCCCUACACCACCAUCACCCCUCAGAGCAUUGACAGCAAGUGGGACAAGGUGCAAAAACUGGUACCACAGCGUGAUCAGGCUCUUCAGGAAGAACUCUCUCGCCAGCAGUCUAAUGACCAUCUCAGACGGCAGUUUGCCAACCAGGCCAAUAUGAUCGGACCAUGGAUACAAAACAAGAUGGAGGAGAUCGGCCGAAUAUCAAUCGAGAUGAAUGGAACGUUGGAGGAUCAACUAACCCAUCUGCGUCAGUAUGAGCAAAGUAUCAUUGAAUACAAACCCAACAUUGAUCAACUGGAGGGAGACCAUCAGCUCAUUCAGGAAGCACUUAUAUUUGACAACAAAUACACCACAUAUACAAUGGAGCAUCUGCGUGUUGGUUGGGAGCAACUCCUCACUACGAUCGCUCGCACUAUCAACGAGAUCGAGAACCAGAUUCUCACUCGUGACGCUAAAGGCAUCAGUCAGGAGCAGCUUCACGAGUACCGCACAUCCUUCAAUCACUUCGACAAGGACCACAGUGGCGUCUUAGCAGCUGAGGAGUUCAAGGCUUGUUUGAUCAGUCUUGGUUACGACGUAGAAAACAACAAGCAGGCUGAUGCUGAAUUUGCUCGUAUUAUGGGCAUCGUUGACCCAACAAGCGGCGCAGUGACCUUCCAAGCGUUUAUAGACUUCAUGUCGAGGGAAACGACUGAUACAGACACCGCAGACCAGGUCAUCGCCUCAUUUAAGAUCCUAGCUGGAGACAAGAACUACAUCACAGCAGAAGAGUUGAGGCGCGAGCUUCCUCCCGACCAGGCGGAAUACUGCAUUGCCCGAAUGGCACCAUAUACAGGCCCAGACGGCAUCCCGGGUGCACUUGACUACAUGUCCUUCUCCACCGCCCUGUACGGAGAGAGCGACCUCUAAGGGCAACUCCAGAACUCUGGAGCAGCGCUCUCUCCUUCUCUCUCUCUCUUUCUCCUGUGCUGAUCUUCUCAGACUAAAUAGAUGAGAACACUGGAUGAUGCUGCCUUUUUCUCACCCAUCUAGUCCUUAAAGAGAUCAGCGCUCCUGAGGAAGAGGAAGAUAUUUAAGAGUGUUGGAAAUGGGACUUAAUAGCACAUCUGAGGGGCGGGGGGAUAGAUGUAGGGGAAGGGCUUAGCAUGGCAUUGUGGGAGGAGCUAAUAUCUGUUGAUGAAGCUUGCAACAACUUUUGAUUCAGUGUAACUCAUAUCAGUCUUAGAGAGCUUAAGGAAUGGAGAUUAAAGAUAUAGGAGAUGAUUAUUACAGGUUCAGAGUGUCAAGGUUGAGGGUGUGAGGGACUGGAUUGCUGCUGGCGCUCAGGCUCUUUAAACUCAUUUCAUUUAACCACAUUAUCUUGAUGUAUAUAAUACAAUUGAAGGUGCACAAGGAAUUUUUUUUCUUAUACCAGCAGUAAUGUAAAGACACAUAACGUUUUCUCUUUAGGCCACUUGAAUAUAAAAAGAUAUUUUUGAAUUUGAAUCUACUUAAAGUGAGUUUAAAGAGUUGGCCUUGGUUGCAGUCUAUGCCUGCACUCUUAACCUGCACCCUUUGCCUGUCCGGGAGGGCAUGAGCUUUUCCACUUAACAUGCCAUUUUCUUUUUAAUUUUGUUGUUUUCUUGCUGGGGUUGGUGGGGAGGGAGGUUUGGUUUGGGAUAUGUUGUUUGACAGAUAGCAAAGCUGUAUAUCGUAGGAAAGUGAAGAGAAUGAGUCAAAGUGAUUUGAUAUAGAUUUUUGCGACAUGCCCUCUUAACCCAUUUUGCUGGAUAAGUGGAACUCUUCGAAAAUCUAACCUCAGCUUUUUCCUCUUUUUAUAUCUCUCCUCUCCAGCAAUUUUGAGUUAGCGGGAUUCGACGCUGUAUAUACUUGUUUUCCAGUACACGAAACGGUCAUGUGGUUACAUAGGGCUUCAUAUGAUGGAGGUUUUGUAAAAUGUGCAGUUUCACCCCUGCGAAGAACUGGUUUGAUUUUAUUUUGGGGUUGAACAAUGAAGUUACAAAAGUACCUGCUGUUAUUUUUUUCCCCACACAAUCGAUAAAUACAGCAUCCUCAUUGAUUCUAGACCCAGUCGUGUUCCUUAUGGAUUUAUCUACCUGUAACUUAUAAUGACACCCAUCUCUAAUUGUUUCUAAAAUAUUACUGAAUGUCAAUGUAAGAGCUUUGUUGAUGAUGUGAGCAACAUAGCCUUGUACUGACCCCUCUAGUAGUGUCAAUGACGACACGGCUAUUGAAUUAAAAAAAAAAAUAGUUAGAAAUAAGCAAUGUGCCUGGCAGGUGCAGGAUAAGCUUUCUCCCACACGUUUUCUUUCUUUUUCCUUUCGUUGUACGCUCAUUUUUCCUCUUUCUACAGGAAAAGGGCAGGGACCCAAUGUACAGCUCUGGAGGUUGAGAAGGAGUGGGGGAGCUGAAGUCUUAAUGAACAUUCCAUUAUGUCUUAAUUAAAAUUAAAUUACUGUUGAAUAAAUCUAUGCAAUCAUAUGUCUGAUAGCAACCAUGCUCAAUAAUGAAUGGCAGGGGUGAUUUGCAAUCAAAAGUGUUCGAUUUCUGCAAGUGAGAACAAAGUAAGGGUAAAGGAGAGGUUGGACAGAUGGUUUCCCAAUUCUUGGACCAAAAGCCUGCUCUUAACGUCUGCAAAGCUGAAUAAAAGCAUUUGGAGUCAGAUUUUGUUCUUUCUUUUUAUACUCUUUAAUAUCAAACCUUAUCUGCUGUACUGGAAAUUUGCAAAAACGGCUUUCUGUCUUGAAAUGAAAAGUGAAUUUCACAUGCACACAUAAAGUUUCCUUAUAAAAUAUUACCACUUGGAA